CCCUCAACUCAACCAAAGCAUUCUGCAACUUUGUUCUCUGAAUUCGUGAGAAGGGGUUGUUCACGAAUAACACAUACUGAAUACUCUGCAUUAGCUCCAGAUUACUCCGGACUCACUUUAAUUAAGAUUUCAGAAUGAAGCUUGACGUAGAUGUCUUGAGAUAUCUCUCCAAAGAUGAUUUUAGGGUUCUCACUGCCGUUGAAUUGGGCAUGAGGAAUCACGAAAUUGUACCCACUGAACUCAUCGACCGAAUUGCUCGUCUCAAGCAUGGGGGCACGUACAAGGUUUUGAAGAAUCUGCUCAAGUACAAGUUGUUGCACCAUGACUCUUCUAAAUAUGACGGAUUCCGCCUUACCUACCUUGGUUAUGAUUUUUUGGCCAUUAAAACCAUGGUGAACAAAGGAGUAUUUGUGGGUGUUGGUCGACAGAUUGGUGUUGGAAAGGAAUCUGAUAUAUUUGAGGUUGUCCGUGAAGAUGGAACAGUUCUAGCUAUGAAGUUGCAUAGGCUUGGUAGAGUCUCUUUUAGGGCUGUUAAAUCUAAGCGUGACUACUUAAGACACCGCAGUAGUUAUAAUUGGCUCUAUUUGUCUCGCCUUGCCGCACUUAAAGAAUUUGCUUUCAUGAAGGCUUUGGAAACCCAUGGCUUCCCUGUUCCAAAUGCAAUAGAACACAAUAGGCAUUGUGUAGUCAUGUCACUUGUCCAAGGUUACCCUCUUGUUCAGGUUAAACAGUUACCGAAUCCAGAGACAGUUUUUGAGACAAUUAUUGGUUUAGUUGUUCGGCUGGCAGAGCAUGGCCUCAUUCAUUGUGAUUUCAAUGAAUUUAACAUCAUGAUUGAUGAUGAUGAAAAAAUUACAAUGAUUGAUUUUCCACAAAUGGUAUCGGUGUCACAUCGUAAUGCGCAAAUGUACUUUGACCGUGAUGUUGAAUGUAUCUUCAAGUUUUUCAGGAAAAGGUUUAAUCUUUCUUUUCAAGAAAGCAUAGAUGAUAUUGAUGGUUCUGAUGAUGGAAGAGAUGAAGCUGGAAAACCCUGUUUUUCUGCAAUAGAAAGAAGUGCUGGUUUUCUAGAUAGGGAACUUGCUGCCAGUGGGUUUACUAGAAAGGAUGAAGAAGAUAUUCAGAGGUUCAUUGAAGGUGGGGCAGAGAGUGAUACAAAUUCAGAUAGUGAAGGUGUUGACAUUGUAGAAGACCUGAAUGAAGCAGAAACGGUAGAUGGUGAUUCUUCACAUUUGUUGGAACAGAAUGAGGGAUAUGAUAGUAAGGGGAAAGAGGAGAGUUGUGAAGCACGUGAAAGCAGUGGAUCUGAAAAGGAAGAUGCAAGUGACAAUGAGGAAAACAAUCAAGAUGCAAUGGAAAAUGAAGCCGAACUCGAUAAGAGCUUGAAUAAGCAAAGACGACGAGCCAUAGCGGCAGCUCAUAGGGGUCGAAAGACUCUUGCAUCCAGAAAUUCGUACAAGGACAAAGGUGGUAGGUCAUCUCACAAUUCUAAAAUCCAGAAACAGUUGAGCAGCUGGUGAGAUAUGGGAGACAAAACCCAUUUUAAUGACCUUGUUGUGGAGUGAACUGAAUGAAAAGGACUUCAUAUAGUUUCAAUGGUGCCAUGUAUCAGAUAGCAUUGAAGUUUUGGUAGGCUAUCGUAGUUUGCCUUUAUAUGUUCAAAGUUCAAUAUAUGUAAAGUUCGAAGAUAUGAAAGCAAAUAGGAUUGUCGACCCUCCUGUGGAGGAUAAUCAUAUUCUUUCCAAGUGUUAUAUUUAUUUCAAAUGAAAAUUUUUCCUCUAUACGAAAAUUGUCUGUCUUGCAGAUUUUUUGGUUGGACAUUGAAUUUUGAAAGCUGCUAUUAAUUAUUUUCUGCUAUGAUUUGAAGUCUGA